UGUAUUUUCUCCACAUCCCAUCCGGACAAAAUAUGAGGACGGACCGGUCCACUUCCGGUACGACUGUCAACAGAGAAGGACCUACACGUGUUUUCAAACAGUUAAAAUGCCGAAGGCUCAGAAAGGAAAAGGAAAAGGAAAAGCUCCGGAGAAGGUUGUUCACCCGUACAGCCGGAAAGCUGCUUACCUCGCGCGAGAAGAAAUCAGACUGAGAAAGAAAGAGAGGAAUAAGAAUGAUAAAGCAACGCGUCUGAGCAGCAUCGGUGAGAAGCUGUUGUGGUUUCAGGAACAUUUGGAUCCAGAAAAGACGGCUUACACCAGAAAAGACGCCUGUGACAUCGUUGAAAGGUACCUCCAGAGGUUUGAUUCUGAACUUGAGCAGAUUGAGCUGAUGAACGGGAUCAAAGGUCGGCAGGGUCGUCUCCAUGGCGCCAGGGAGGCUGUCAUCAAACAGACUGUCGAGCGAGAGCGAGAGCAGUAUGAGGGCAUCGGGUUUGAAAUCCCAGACAUCAUAAAUGCAAAAAAUCUGAAAACAUUCAGGGAGUGGACUGGGGACCUGAAGAAACUUCCAAAUAUUAAACUGCGAAAUGUAUCCAACAAAGGUUUGGACACAAAGACUGAGGAAGAUGAGAAACACGAUGACGCAGAAGACGAUAAUAAGAAUGAUGAAGAUGACUUGGAUGAUGAAGAUGACUUGGAUGACGAGCAGCUGGAGGAUUUGGUGGUGAUGUCGGACUAAAACUGAGACUCUUCCCGAGUGACCGUAGCUCAAAGCUGAGGUCGUCCAUUCAGGAUAACUGACUGUGGAGCUGAGCAGCAAAGACUUAAUAGAAAGUGUUUUUAUGCCUGUGUGUGGGGGGGGGGGGAUGCUGAUGCUGCUGCUGCUCCACAACUGUCCUGAAGAUGGUGCCAGACUCUCAAAGAUGGAGGAACUAAACUUUCAUCUGCCUGUCCUCCCGUUCUUCUUAGUGUUGCUCAGUAACUCCACACCAGCCUGCGAGGGGUUCUACAUUCAUUGUUUAUUGCACAAACAAAUAUAAGUGGUAUGUAACCUGAAUCCGUUUUAUCCAAUCAGAGAUAGAAAAGGUUUAGUCAAAGAUGUUGAGUGCUCUAAUGCUUGUGGGGGCUGCGACACUGAUAAAUAACCAAAUUAAAUCCGUAGAAAAGUGGACAAGUGUAAAUAACAGUUGCCUUCUUUUUGUUUUGAUUGAUUUGUCAGCCGCUCUCACUGUGUGUCAAGUGUAAACGCAUUAACGGAUGGGAACCAUGAAAACUCAAGUUACAUCAAUGUAUACAUAUCUGGACCUCGCAGAGCGGUACGUCCAUAAAGCUGCAAACUGUCAGAACAAAAUGUCAUAAACAACUGGGCUACUUUUCUAUUUAAGAAAACUCCUAUGAUCAUAAAUAAAUUCAGCUUUUUCAAAAACUUUA